GUCAUUCUUCUCCCUCCCCAUGUGGGUUGAUGUGAUGGUUAAUGCACCAACUGUUCUUGUAGCUAGCACCCACCGUCCUUGCCUGGACAACAUGUACGUAUCCCUGGACUCACUCCUGCAGUGUAGGUGUCAUACAAGUACACACUUAAACGUCUAUCUGGGCCAUCUCCCCACGACAUGACAUAGCUCUCAAAAAACAUAUAUAGCUCAUAGAUCCAUCAGAACCUUCCAACUCUCUCUGCGCAUCACUCAGUCAGUCGUGGGCGUGUCAGUCAAGACAUAUUGCUGUCCGCCAACCCACACACCCCUCACACGCGCUUCCAGUAUGCUGCGCCACGAGUGCGACGAUAUGUCGCAAUCAAGCACUGCCACACGCACAUAGAGACAGAGAAACAGACCGAUCAACCGAGUGCGAGUGAUCCGUGUGCCUACCCUACCGGUCAGGUCGGCUGCGUAUCCUGGCUUGAUGUGUCCCAGCAGCACGGAUGGCGGAGGGGCAGUCUGAUCGUCUGUGCGCGAGGCGAACGCACCGCCGAUGGUGUAGAGCGCCAGAGCCUCGUCGAACGUCAGACGCUCCUGCGUCACACACACAGAUACACACAUGCCCUCCCUGCCACGAGUGGUUUGUUCGUCGCCUUAGGCAGGCAGGCAGUUACCUCAGGGCGAAACGUGUCAUUUUCGGAAGGGACGGGCGGGAGCUGCCCCUGUGGUUGUGUUGUCACUCGUGAAGAGAGUGGGUAGACGUGUUGGGUGGGUCGGUAGAUGGCGUCGAGUAUGCCUUUCAAUGGGCUGAAGUGCUCGAUCGGGCUGUCGCUCCCACCUGAUGCAUGGAGCCGAGCCGUCCGUCCAUCCAUCCAUCCAUCCAUCCAUGACACACACAGACAAAGCAAGAGGGGCAUCUGCGUGCACUCCCUGACUUACCGGAACAUGGGAUGCCGCCGUCCAUGAUGGUCUUCCACACAUAGGCGUACUCGAGUGCCUCGCCGCCCACAACCUUGUCAACCCAUGACGCAUCCGUCGGCACAAAUGGCGGCUGCAUACAUUUGCGCAAUCGUGUGGGUGGAGAUACACACAUACAUACACAAGGGCGAUUGUGGGUGGGUUGUCUUGCUCACUGACCUGUAUGUUCCCAAUGACGCCGAGCCGCUUCAUUUUGUCAAUGAGGUCCCUGCCUAGCAGUUGGCAGUGAGUCAGCACGGGCCGCAUGGAGGGAGGCACCCCCGCCCGAUCAAAUGCAUCCAACACCUACAGACAGGCACACCAGAUACCCUCCCUCGACCUGUGUCUUCACUACCCCUCCAGCUGUCUCUUCGGCUGACCUCUUCAGCCGCCCUAUCGCCUAUGGCGUGUACCUCCAGCCGCAGACCACACAAACUGCAUUCGCAUGCACCAAAUACACACACGGGCGCACUUCGAGAAGCCAGCGAAAUCUCCUGAACACACAACUCCCUCACGUGGCCAGCUCGAAUCGCCUCUGCAGCUCGUCUGGGGUCUCGAUGAGGAUGCCCCUCCCGCCCUGAUCCGUUCCAUUGGCCGCGUGCGCCUGCCAGGGCGUCUCCACAUCGCUGUGGCCCGCCGGGCUGCCCGUGGUCUCAUUGGUGGUGGUGCCCGUCUUAUAAGGCUGCCGCACAGCCGCCGUCUUGGCGCCCAGGGACCCGUCAGCGAACACCUUGACUCGAUCGCAGGACACUCGCGAGUGCACGGAAGGGCCCUGGUGUGACAGGCAACUCAACCAACGGAGGGAUGCAGGAAGACCGGCAGGGAACGAGGCGCAAUGCUUACGCGGACAUUGAGCUGGGUCCUGAGCAGCUCUUGUCGGUCGCUGUCGUUCAUCGUCCGAGCAUACUGGAGCACCUCCUCAGUGGACGGUCCCUCUGAGCCCAUAUGCUUGGCAAACGCCUGGAUCAGAUCCUCAAACAUGACCGUGUGGAACACACUGGCCAGCAGGACAGGAAGCAGGACAGCAGCCACGUCCACACGACACGAGAUCAGUUGUGUGUACCUUCGCCUACCGAAUGGGGAGUCGUUUCGCCGCCUCCAGCCUUCUGUAAAGCUCGACAGCGUCGCCAUCGUUGGACUGGACGGCCGUUAGGCCGGUGCGGGCCAUCUCCUCCAGCGCACUCGAUAUGAACUCCAUCCGCACCUCGUCCGACUCAGCCAGCGCAUAACUUGUCACCUGCACACACAUGGCGCCACACACACCAUGCCAUGCAGAGCACUCACUACUGCUGCCGUGUCGGUCGGUAUGAUCGGUAUGAGGAGCCCGCACCCACCAGGCUAUAAGCCGGUUCCUCAUAGAAGAGCCCAUCAGGGGUGCCGUCGUCAUAGAGGCCCACCCGGCCGCCGUCCACUUUGCCCCAGCUGUCGACUUGGUCCAGCGGCAGGUUGGCGGCCCUGAGGCCGGCCGUGUUGGUGACGGCGACGUGGAAACAGGCGCGAUAGAGGAAGACCGGUCUGUCUGGGACGUACUUGUCGAUGUCCUUCCUCGUCGGCAUGCGCCUCUCUUUCAGCGAUUCCUGAGCCCACCCUGAGCCCACGAUCCACGCACGAUUCGGGUGGCUGACAGACAGACAGACAGACAGACAGAAGAGGUACAUGUGGGUGGGUAAGUAGGUGUUUCUAUCCACCUUAUUUACCUCUCUGCGAAUUGUUUGCAUCGCUGGCCGAUGUCGUCGAUGGAUGUGGUGUUGGCCAAGUCCACACUGCUGCGCUUCGCACCCGUCAUCUCGACGUGAAUGUGGCUGUCAUGCAAACCUGAACACCACACACACACACGCACGCACGCACACACACAGGCAUCCAUAGCACUCUGAGAUAGACCUGUGUACCUGGCACCGCAUAAGCCCCUUGCAGGUCCACCACACGAGCGCCAUCCUCAGGCCCAACACCAUGCCCGUCGUCCGCCUCGACCGCCUUGAUAAGUCCAUCUUGCACCAACACACGGUUGCGACGGAAGGCGCCCUUGAAUGGCAUCGAAGAUGACUCCCACUCCCAGAUGUGACCUCCCACCAGCCAGGCGGCGGCCGUGCUGUCCGAUGUAUUCACGCAGGGGGAGGCAAGGUCGCACUCGGGGAUAAACUGAGUCACUUGGGCAGCGGCGUUAUGAAGCUGCCGACACCCAUCCAUCCAUCUCAGUCAGAUGAAAGCGUUGACCUCAUUUCAUUGAGUGAUGCUAUCGACAGCUUGCUUACGAAGAGGGAAAGCGCCACAAGACCUUUGGCAUCUGCCGAGCGCAGAUUCAUCAUCGGGAUGGAUGGAUAGAUCAAUCUGGGAAGGAGAUCUCAAGGCUUGUCAUUCAAUCGCGGGCUGCUGACAUGACAGACACCAACGAAGCACAUCCCCAGAUCCUCUCUCCUCCUUCUCCUCUGCGUUGAAGAAACGCG